GCGAGGCUGGGAUCGCGGCGCCGAGAAGGGGUUCGCGUCUGUUGAAUCCAGUUUCCGGAAUCGCGACUUCUUCCGCCUCCCGUAAGGCCCCCGCUGCUUUGAGCGAGCACCGACGUUGCGGCGCUGCGGAGCCGGCUUCAGUAUCUCUUCUUCCUCCUGCUCGGGCGACGGCUUUGCCGCUGCGGGCCAGGCCCCGGGGCGCUCCCGAUGGCGGGGCAGCUGGUGGAGGUCGAUGGCGGGAUCAUGGAAGGGGGCGGUCAGAUCCUGAGGGUCUCCACGGCCCUGAGCUGUCUCCUGGGCCUCCCCUUGCGGGUGCAGAAAAUCCGAGCCGGUCGCAGCACCCCGGGUUUGAGGCCUCAACAUUUAUCUGGACUGGAAAUGAUUCGAGAUUUGUGUGAUGGGCAUCUGGAGGGGGCAGAAAUCGGCUCAACAGAAAUAACGUUCACACCAGGGAAGAUCAAAGGUGGAACCCACACAGCAGAUACCAAGACUGCAGGGAGCGUGUGCCUCUUGAUGCAGGUCUCCAUGCCUUGUGUUCUCUUUGCCGCUUCACCAUCAGAGCUUCGCUUGAGAGGUGGCACCAAUGCUGAAAUGGCACCGCAGAUUGAUUACACAGCAAUGGUUUUCAAGCCGAUUGUUGAAAAAUUUGGUUUCAAAUUUAAUUGUGACAUUAAAAUGAGGGGCUACUACCCAAAAGGAGGUGGUGAAGUGACUGUUCAAAUGUCACCAGUUAAACAGUUGAACUCAAUAAAUUUAACUGACCGUGGCUCUGUGACUAAGAUCUACGGAAGAGCUUUCGUUGCUGGUGUUUUGCCAUUUAAAGUAGCAAAAGAUAUGGCGGCAGCAGCUGUGAGGUGCAUCAGAAAGGAGAUUAGGGAUCUAUAUGUUAAUAUUCAGCCCAUUCAGGAACCUAAAGACCAAGCUUUUGGCAACGGAAGUGGAAUAAUCAUUAUUGCUGAGACCUCCACAGGGUGUUUGCUUGCUGGGUCAUCACUUGGUAAACGAGGUGUAAAUGCAGACAAGGUUGGAAUUGAUGCUGCUGAAAUGCUCUUAGCAAAUCUUAGACAUGGCGGUACUGUGGAUGAGUAUCUGCAAGACCAGCUGAUCAUUUUCAUGGCGUUAGCCAAUGGAGUUUCCAGAAUAAAAACUGGCCCAGUGACACUCCAUACACAAACUGCUAUACAUUUUGCUGAACAGCUAGCAAAGGCUAAGUUUACUGUGAAGAAAUCAGAGGAUGAAGAAGAUGCCUCUAAAGACACUUAUGUUAUUGAAUGCCAAGGAAUUGGGAUGACAAAUCCAAACAUAUAGGUUAUUCGCUAUGUUAAUGAUACCUCAGUGAUGUGUUAUACUAGUUCAUGAUAUAAACACUAAAAUCCAGUGAAUAGGAAGUAAUUUAUGAAAGGACCUGGUUUAAAUUUGGAAAUGAAGUACAGAAUGCUCUCCAUUUUCUAAGAAUGUUUCUUAAAAUUAAUCCUACUCUGAAUAUCUCUUAGAGAUAUGAAUAUAAGAGUUGGUGAAUAUGAGAUAGCUGAUUUUGAUAUUAAAGUAUUAAAGUGUUCUUUUCACCUGAACUAUGUUUUUCCUUUUGUGUAGUUAAAUCAGGGAUAUAGAUUUGAUCUGGAAUUUGUAUAUAUACAUUUGCCCCUUCUCCACCAACUGUUUAAAAUGUGCAGGUCUAGGUAGAUGUGGGUUUUUUCAGAAGUAUUUAGUUGAUUCUUGACUGGAAUACUAUAACUAUAUUUCCUCUCACUUCACUGUAAGAGUCAAAUAUAUCAUACAUACACAAAUAUGGUAAUUAACUGUUCAUAUUAUUGAUAAGGCUUUAGGUCACCAGCAGUCUUAUUAAUAAUAUGUUUUGGGUGAGUCAACAGUUGUAAGUGCAUUUCAGCUGCACAGGGAUCACACUCCCAACCCCUGUGUUUUUCAGUAGUAACUAUAGUUCUCAUCACUUUGCUGACAGUAUAUGGAGGUAUUUUUAUGUACCUGCUUUGUCAACAAUAACAUUUAAUAAACACUAUCACAUUCUAAUUAUAUGUAUCUUAUUUCUCGUGGGCACUUGGUAAAUACUUUGUGUUCAAUAUGUUGUGAAAGCAAACAAUGAGAAUUGCAGAAUUUCAGACUUAGAUUUGCCAAAUUCAACCUAGAUAAUGUUUUGUUUGGCUUACACAUAUUAAAAAAUAGCUGAGUGCCUUUAGAACAGAAUGUGGUCUUUGUUGUGGUACCUACUUCCACAUUCAGGUCAGUUCCUGAUCCCUCUGGGCCCUUGAGCUUAUGACUCAAAGGGAAAGGGUGUAUCAGCCAGUCAUAACUGUAAUGCCGUGAGAAAUUCACUAGAACUUUGUUUAGUCUUGGACUUUAUUUGUUGAUGACUAGAACAUAAUUCAAGAUAUAAAUCCAAAGGAUGUUUUUUUCUUUUUAUAUUUAU